AAAAGAACGUCAUGCACCACUUCUGUGUGUUGAUACUCAGAAAUGGAUUUACAUGAAUAUCUGUUAAAGGAACAUGUCUCCUGCUGUGUAUAUAAGAAGAUGUUCAGAUGAUAUUCUGCACACAUCUCUUCUCCAGCUUUGAGAUCUUCAUUUCGUCACUGUGAACACAUCAUCUGGAAGAAUGAGACAUCUGAUGAUGCUGCUGUUUCUGGUGAUCUUCUGCUGUCUGCAGCUGACUACAAGUGCUCCAAUUGCUUCUGAGAUGGUAAAUUCAGAGUGCUGUUUCAAGUUCAAUAAUGUACUGAUUCCUUUGAAGCGUGUGAAGUUGUACUAUUGGACCAGCGAUAACUGCGCCAAGCGUGCCAUUGUGUUUCAGACUGAUAAAAGGAAGAUCUGUGUAGACCCAGAAACCACCUGGGUGAGCCGCCAUAUGGCUAAAGUGGACAACAGAACAACUACAGCUACACCAAAGACUCAAACCACCACAGUCUAAAAGAAUCUGUUCAUCUCUGUUUGAUGUGUAAAUUUAACAUUGUACAUAUGCUUCA